CAAAAGAGCUAUGCAAAAUGAUUGCGUUUUUCUUUGGAGAAUUUCACUUUGCCUAUUUCAAGAGCACAAUUGAAAAAAAACUUUUCCGUUCAUCAACGAUUUGCCAGGCACUUUGGUUCAGCAAAAAAAAACAUAAAAUGCCGAAGAAAAGGCAAACGCGAAACUUCUGAGAAAAAUUUCGAUUUAGUUUAAAUUUGAAGGUCUAAAAUGUUUCAGAAGUUCAAUAAGUUGUCCGAUAAGUUUGUUAAAAGCUAUAAAUUAUAAUGUACGAUUUUUGGAAAUAUUUUAAGCGGAUAGGUAUCAUUUAAUGAGCUCAUCCUGCUGAUGUUGACCCGCAAGAUGAUGUUUGGCUGUCAAUUCAAAAACUCGUUUUUCAGAAUGGCACCGAAAACAUGCCUCUCUAUUGUCAACAUGAAUAUGUGGGCGCCAUCUAAAGAGCAAUUGCUCUGUCUCUUUAGUCUUUUUGACGAGAAAGAAAUAGAGCGCUGUUUGGCUUACCGGACACAAGAGAACUGUUUGCAUAGAUUGGCUGGCCUCCUUCUAGUUCGACAUGCUUUCUCGAAAUUGUUUGAAGGAAAAGAGUUAUCGCUGCCCACUUGCUUUGAACGAUCGUCUCAUGGAAAACCCUUCCUUCCCGAUGCACCUGAUUUCCAAUUUAACAUAUCGCAUAAUGGAAACUAUACUUCAGUCUUUGCUGUUCGUGGAUUCCAUGCAAUAUGCGGUUUGGACAUGAUGGAACUCAAUUCCUCUCGCCUCCCAACUUCUAUGAUUGCUGCCGUCUCUCGGAAAUUCAGUGAACAAGAACAAAGUUUUAUCAACAAUUCUGAAUCCGCCGAGGAGCGACGUGCAAAAUUUCUGAGAAUCUGGUGCUUGAAAGAGAGUUAUUUGAAGGCCAAAGGAUACGGCCUGAGCGUUCCGUUGGAUUCAAUUUCUUUCCAGUUUAAUCACCCUAAUUUAACCAAAGAUAUCGCUGUCCUCGACACUCAAAUUUUUGAAGAAGGAGAACGCGUAGACGUGAAGUUCAUGGAGUUACUUUUCGACAAUCAUAUACUGGCAGUGUGCUGGGAUAAAUUCGCUCCAGAAUCGAGUGUCGAAGUGCUCGAACCUGCCGAGUUUCUUAAAACUCAAAAUGGAGUCACUAAUGUUGAUAGCCCUGUGAUGCCUCUUGUAAACACUUUUUAUGAGAAGCCAAAGUAAUACAUGAUUUGUGCCAA